AAAAGUAGGCGUAGUGUAACUAAACAUCUCCGGCUUCCUCAGCAUCCGCGCCAUAACAUUAUGCUACAGUCAGCUGCAGUCUAGUAGUACAUACAUAGAAGUCUGUGCAAGUCUCUUCAUGUUUUAACAUUAUUUCUUUCAUCACCGUGUUCCAUUAAAUUAUCUGAAUAGUUUCAUUCAAUCUUAGUGAAGCUUAUUACGCGCAUCGCUUUAUGUGUUCAACGAUGAAUAACGGAGGGAACAAUUACUCCGACGAGGACAAAGAUGCUGAUACUGGCGAUGCAUUUGGAUGUGGAAGAAACAGUAUCAGUCCCAUGGUAGGACCCUUACCAACCUCACCAACAGCACGCUAUGAUGCUUAUUACAAUAUGAGUCAUUCCAAGCGUGGUCUCGCUUUAAUCUUCAAUCAUGAAUUUUUUACUACAAACAAUUUGAAACAAAGAUGUGGUACAAAUGUUGACUGUGACAAUUUGAUUAAUGUUCUGAAGGAUCUUGGAUUUGAUGUGAUGGAUUAUCACAAUUUGACUCAUGGCGAUGUGAUAAAAAACCUAGAAAGAGUGGCUGAUAUGGAUCAUUCUCAACAUGAUUGUCUUGUAGUAUCUGUAUUGAGUCAUGGAGAACUUGGUAUUCUUUAUGCUCACGAUACUCCUUAUAAAACUGAAGCAAUCUGGUCAUACUUCACUGCUGAUAAGUGUCGUACUCUUGCUGGCAAGCCCAAACUGUUUUUCAUUCAGGCUUGUCAAGGUGAUAAACUGGAUGGUGGUUUCACUCUAAAAGAACGUACAGAAACUGAUGGCCAACCAGCUGCUUCCUACCGUAUUCCUAUGCAUGCAGAUUUUCUGAUUGCUUAUUCCACCAUACCAGGGUAUUAUUCCUGGAGGAAUACCUGUCGUGGUUCAUGGUUCAUGCAGGCAUUGUGUGCAGAAUUACGUGAAAAUGGUACGCGUUAUGAUAUACUUACUUUGUUAACAUUUGUAUGCCAAAGAGUUGCUCUUGAUUAUGAAUCGAAUACUCCGGAUAAUAUCACAAUGCAUCAACAGAAGCAAAUUCCUUGCAUUACUUCGAUGUUGACACGUCUAGUAAGAUUCACUCCAGUGAAUGGCAAAGUUUCAUAGUCAGCUUUAUUUUCAAUCGAUAUAAAUGGAUUAUAGACACCGAUGAUUAAUUAACGUAUCUUGUUACGCGAUAAUUGCGUCUAUCAUAUUUUCAUGAGCGUGUUUUCUCUUAACGCGAAGUAAUUUUUGCAGAUUGCACAUAAAGUGUAUCUUAAGUUACCCUUGAUUAAAUGAAUUUAGUACCGAUUAGCGACUGUACUAGUUUUCAAUAAUGCAGUGGAUUUAUAUGCUCAGAUAAGCUAUGGUGUAUAAACCCACCUUUGUGUUACUUAGCAGAUCGUAAAUCAAGGUUCAAGUUUCUAUUUUAGUUAUACUCGCACUGACUGAGAAGAUUUUUUUUAUAGCACCUAUGCAUUUUCAGGAGUGAUACAGUAAUUCGCCUUUUUUUUUACUUUUAUAUUAUCUUUUUCGUGCAAUGAGGGUGAUGUUGCAAUGGACUAUAGCUUUCCAUGAAAAAAGAUGUAAAACUGAUCUGAAAUAAUUUUUUCGUUAUUGUAGAAACUAAUAAUUAAUAUACAAUUAGGUUGUGUUGUAAUCGGUGACGUUUUUACCAUAUCCUAAUGAUUGCAUUUAUGCUACACAAUCAUUUUUUUAUUAUUAAGUUCAUGGUAAAUAUUCAUUAUUAUAACUUGAUAGGUAUACUCCUUUACGGUAUGCUCAGUAACUCGGAAUACACAAAGAAAAACUGCAUUUUUUAGUAUUUAAGUUAAAAUAUUACUUCAAAACAGUGCAAGUAUUAACAGAGAUGAUUCCAUAAUAACCAUCUUCUUAUAUGUCCUACAAUUAAUGUUAUUCGCACUGUCGCCCAAAGGAAAGAAAUAUGUUGUAGACGUAGAAAAUUCUACAAAUUUAAAUAACAUGUAAAAUUGAUUUUGAUGUAUCGUUAGCUUCAUUUUGCUGAAUGGUUUUAUUACAAAUAUUCAAAGAGCCUAUAAAUGUUAGAAGAUUAAAAAAAUGCAAUUUGGCUCUGAUCAAUGUUUCCAAAGUGAUACAAAUAACAUUUAUAUAAAUAUAUAUGUAUAUGGUAAGAGAAUUACGUGAUAAUAAGCGCACAGUGUGAUAUUUAAUGUACGAUGACUUUUUGAAACUUAAAGGCGUAUAUACUUUACGCCCUUAUACAUUUGCUCAUUUUUUGUACUGAAAUUUACAAAAGUAUUUGAUUUUUUUUAUGGGAAGUAAAAAGCAAUUAUUUAAAUAAGAAAAUCAUGUCGACAACAGUAUACAGUGCCUGAUAUUGCAUUAAUUGAAUCGCAAGUUUCUAAACGAUAAUCCUAUUUUUAAUUUUCAAUGUGCCAGAAAAAUUCAACGACACAUACAAUUUAUUAUGUAUUUUGUGCACGAACUUUUGUACUCCCUACUUAAUACAUUUUUAUAUAAAUUUGUAUGGAAAUUUACAAGAUAAUUAUAAUAUAUAUAUGUGAAAUGCAA